AAUCUAGCUCCGCCAAGCAUCGUGCGGCUCCAAUCCCUCCAACCUCGCCAGUCGAGUUUGGACCGGCGGGACGCGCAGCGCUCACGGCCAACCACAGGGAGCGCGUCAAACGAAGCACCGAGACCACGACGAUGACGGGGUACUCCAGGAUCGCCCUGGGCGCCGCUCUGGUCGUGCUGUCCACCGUGCAGCUGUCCGAGCAGGCGGGGAAGAUCGCCUGCCCGGCCGGAACGUUCGACUGUGGCGACGGAGGAUGCAUCCCCAUGGAGAAGAAGUGCGACUUCUGGACCGACUGCAAGAACAAGAAGGAUGAGAUGGACUGCAAGCCGGAAGACUGCAAAACCGGCACCUUCAGCUGCGGCAAUGGAAAAUGCGUGAGGAAGCUGAUCCACCGCUGCGAAGGCGUCGACGACUGCGGCAACGGCGCCGACGAAAAAGACUGCAAACCGAAUGAAUGUGGCCUCGGCGCCUUCUACUGCGGCAACGGCAAGUGCGUCCGCAAGAACCGGAAGUGCGACGGCAAGGACGACUGCGGAAACGGAAACGACGAGACGCAGUGCAAGCCGGAAGAGUGCCAGUCCUACACGUUCCCCUGCGGCAACGGGCGCUGCGUCAAGAUCGAGAAGAAGUGCGACGGCACGGACCACUGCGGCAACGGCGCCGACGAGAAGAGCUGCGGGGCCGCCGCCGCCAAGACCAAGGGCGCCAAGCCAGGAGCCGCGACCGCGACCACGACCACCUGCCCCAAGGGCCAGUUCAGCUGCGGGGAUGGCGGCUGCGUCGCGAUGGACAAGAGGUGCAACCACUGGAAGGACUGCCGCAACGGGGCCGACGAGGCGAACUGCGCCAAGAGUGACUGCCGCGGUGGCGCCUUCCACUGUGGUGGCGACAGCAUGCGCUGCACGUGGAGCCAGGACCGCUGCGACGGCAACAAGAACUGCGACAACAACUCAGACGAGGAGAACUGCACGCCGGAAGAUUGUAAACCACUGACACGAUUCUGCGGCAAUGGACGAUGUGUUUUGGCCAAGCGCUGGUGUGAUGGAAAAGAUGACUGUGGAAAUGGAUAUGAUGAAAAAAGCUGCAGUGAGGAAGACUGUCAACCCUACACAACCUUCUGCAAGCCAAAAUCAGGGAAGACGGGCAAGUGCGUCCCGCAAGGCACGCAAUGCACACCAUAAGCCAUAAAAAUGUUAAGCCUUUAUUUUAUUAAAAAAAUAAAUAAAAUACACAGUUUUGUA